CUUCAGGCCUGUGCAUGAACUCGCCCGCUCGUGGAUGGAGGGUCACUGAUCUGACAGUGUCUUUCACACAGAUCUAAACGCAGAAGUCACUGUUCCUAUUCAAACACAGUCCAGCUGAUCAGUCUCUGAUCAGACUGAAGCUUCCGCUGACUGUGCGCCAAAAAUUCACCCUUCAUUCAAAGUCACUCGCUUCCUCCUCAUUCCAUCUUGAUAGAAAACCAGAACGAGCUGGUGCUGCUCAGCAUUUUUUCCACAGAGCAUGACCGGAGGUUAACUGUUUAACCGUACAAACAGUGUCCCUUUGUCUUUAGAACCAGCCACGUCCAGCUUCACUCGGCGCUGACACACUAACGGUUUAAUUGGAUCAGGUCGUUGUUGGGUGACGGGAACUGUGACAUCAGGCGGCAGGAAUUUGAGGCUGCGUGCGGCGCUGACUGCUGUGAUCCGGGGCCGUCUCGGACUUUGGGGCGGAACCCAAACAUUAAGAUUCACUGACUGAUCAACAGCCUUAGAAAGAGUCUGGGAAAGGAACGAGAAACACGGACAGCUCGAACCCGGAUUAACGAUAUUUGAUACCGUUUUUUUUCCCCCUUCUGUUUUUAUUUGUUUUCUCCAGCAAAAUGUUUUCUGUGUUUUCAAAAACUUUGCUGAUGGUUGUGGGAUGUGCAUGUGCUGCCACGGCUGCAGCCAACAACGGAACCAUGCGGGGGCGAACUUUUGUCUUUUUUGACAAGUCGGUCACAGACGAACCAAUAGACCUGGAUUAUCUUUAUCGAGAUGAUGAGGCUUCUGGAUGGAAUCGUUCUAAAAGUGGUCGGUUGCAUAAUCCAAACAUCACCAAGAGGCUGGAAAUCUCAGAGGAAGCGCGGCUGUUUCUCUCAGGCUCUGUGUCCACCAUCCUCAUACCGUCCUUCUACACACUGGUCUGCCUCAUCAGCAUGCCAAUCAAUAUCUGUGCGGUGGUGGCCUUCACCCUGAGGAUCCGACCCAAGAAGCCAGCAGCGAUCUAUAUGCUGAAUCUGGCCUGCGCCGAUCUGAUCUUCGCCAUGCUGCUGCCCUUCAAGAUCUCUUACCACUUCAGUGGCAACAACUGGAUAUUCGGCCCGCUCAUGUGCCGCGUGGUCACUGCAGCCUUUUACUGGAACAUGUAUUGCUCUGUCCUGCUCAUAGCUUGCAUCAGUGUGGACCGCCUUCUUGCUGUAGUCUAUCCCAUUGACUCCCUGUCUUGGAGAAGGCCACGGAACUCAGUCGUGGCCUGCGUGUCCAUGUGGAUAUUAUCCUUCGUCGGCUCCGUGCCCCUUGUCCUCUCUGAACAGACUGUUCACCUUAGUCAGUUGAACAUCACCACUUGCCACGAUGUCCAGUCUGCAGAUAAAGUCAUUUGGAACUACAGGAUCUACCUUAUCACCCUGUGCUGUGCCCUCUUCUUCUUGCCCAUGCUUGUCACAGUGGCGUCCUACACUCGGGUGAUCUGGUCGCUGAGCAGGGUCUCAGGCGCGGUUCUGGGACAUUCGCGAAGAAGAACAAGAGCGGUGGUGAUGGCUUUAACGGUGCUGGUGAUGUUUGUCCUGUGCUUCAUGCCCACAAACUGUCUGCUGCUGGCACACUACCUGCAGUUUAACGAGGGCGUUAAGAAGAGUGAAGAAACCCCUGAUGGCUCCUACGCUGCCUAUCUGGUCUUCAUGUGUUUGGGAAGUCUGAACUGCGUCCUGGACCCCCUGGUCUACUACUUUGGAUCAUCCCAGUGCCAGAGACAACUGUCCAGCGCGCUCAGGUGUCAGAAGACUUCGGGGGGUGGCAGGUUCAGUCAUUCAUCAUCUGAUUCAUACAGAUCCAGCUCCAGAACAAUUCUGAAAUCCAGAUGCACAGAAAGCUCCAAAAUAAACGCUUCAGUCACCAAAACGGACUCUUUCCAAGCGGAUCUCAGCAGCCAGUACAAGAAGCUACUGGUCUGAUCGACUGUCCCACCGAGCAGAUGUGACUGCAGGACCUGACUGACCCUUACCUGUGAUUUCAAAGGUUAUGAAACAGGAGACAUUUUGGAUUGUGAAGGCCAAGUAAAAGAAACAGAGCACAGAGCUAAUCUGCGAGGUUUAUCCCACACUCCAGCUGAACCCCUGAUCAUCCCAACAGAAAACAGUUCAAAAUAUUUUCAUAACAGCAGCUGUGCCAUGACAGAUGUGCAGUUUGAGUGAUGAAGUAAUAACAAAAAAAAAACUAUGUAAGGAAGGAAGUAGAGACGAGAUAAGAAUGUGCUUUCUAACAGAGUCCAGCUAAA